ACCAAGACUAAUCUCCCUCUUUCUUUCAACUCGUCUCAUCUCAUGUCAUCCCUCUGUGGAAGAGGAAGAAGAAGCAAGAGCUAUGGUUUUGGAAAAACCAUAGCAAAUCUCUUCUCCCCUCCAUCCCACUACUGUCACUCUCGCUUCACCUCCAUGCUUAGAAUGGUCAAGCACAAGCUCCGCCACCUUUGCUCGCGGCUCCGGUGGCCCGGUCGACGGCGCACCAAAUCCCGGGUGGUGAUUCGGAGGUUUGGCCGGUCAAAGAUGAAGAAUGAAUCAGCUGCCGCAACUGCUGCCGAUGGCGCAGUCUUGCUAUCACCACCAAAUGUUCAAGAAGCCACCAGGCCAGUUCGGAUCGCCUCCUUCAAUGCUGCAAUGUUUUCGAUGGCUCCAGCCGUCCCGAAGAUACAAAGAUCUGUGACCAUGGACCCGGUGGAGUUCGACAUCCGGUGUAAAACAGCAAAUGAUCGGCCAAAGAGCAUACUAAAGCAGCAGAGUUUUGCAAAGUCUAAUUUAAGAGUUUCGAUCAAUCUCCCUGAUAAUGAAAUCUCUAAGAAGCGAAGCAAGCAGACGAAUUCUAUAGAAGGUGAUGAUAGGAAGAGUGCAGAUUGGAAAGGGAAAGCUCCUGUGUCUUAUAGCUUUAGCCUUUCAGCUGGCCUUGGGGGUGAGAGGGAGAGGGAGAGCUUGAGGAGCAAUAGGAGUGUUUUGGAUGUCUUGAGAGAGGUUGGAGCUGAUAUAAUUGGGCUGCAGAAUGUGAAGGCAGAGGAGGAGAAGGGGAUGAAGCCUUUGUCGGAUUUGGCAGCAGGGUUGGGGAUGAAUUAUGUGUUUGCCGAGAGUUGGGCGCCGGAAUAUGGGAAUGCGAUCCUCUCGAAAUGGCCUAUAAAACAAUGGAGAGUUCAGAAAGUCUUUGAUGACACUGAUUUCAGAAAUGUGUUGAAGGCCACAAUCGAGGUCCCCAAUGCAGGAGAAGUAAACUUCCAUUGCACCCAUCUUGACCAUCUGGAUGAGAAUUGGAGAAUGAAGCAAAUAAACUCUAUACUUAGAUUCAGUGAUGGACCGCAUAUACUAGCCGGAGGCCUGAACGCUCUCGAAGAAACAGACUAUUCUGCUGAAAGAUGGGCUGACAUUGUCAAGUAUUAUGAAGAGAUUGGGAAACCAACACCAAAAGUUGAAGUGAUGAAAUUCUUGAAGGAGAAACACUACUUGGAUGCCAAGAACUUUGCAGGGGAAUGUGAAGCUGUUGUCAUUGUCGCGAAAGGGCAAGAUGUGCAAGGAACAUGCAAGUAUGGUACAAGGGUUGAUUAUAUACUAGCCUCACCAAAUUCACCAUAUAAGUUUGUGCCGGGCUCUUAUGGAGUUCUCUCUUCAAAAGGAACCUCAGACCAUCACAUUGUAAAGGUUGACAUCAUGAUAGCUAAUGUUAAGGAAAAUGAUAGCAGAUGUCGCCAACCGAAGCAAAGAGUUAUCAAGACAGAUAGGUUCUCAUCUAAAGCCAUAUGGGGAACUAACUUUUGACUGCACUUUCUUUUUCAUCCUUCUUCUUUUCUUAUAUAGUUUGUGAGAAUUUCUUUUUCCCUUUUUUUGUUCAUGAUUUUGCUACGAUCUUGUCUAAAGCUAGAAGUACUGUAUGAUACAAGGCAAGGGAACUAUAUCUUUUUGCUUCCC